CUUCCGGUCGGCACUUUCAAAAUAAAACUAAAUAACUUAGAUAGAUGGAUAUUCUUUUAUUUAUUUGUCCCACAUUGGGGCGAUUCCAAUGUUUCAGCAGCAAAGUGGAAAGAUAAAAAACAGUAAGAGUAGGGAAAUAAUAAAACACUAUGUACAAGAGAAAAAAACAGUAAGAAUCCACAACAACAGAUAACACAAAUAGUAGCAGCACAUGGGCAAUAGAUUGCACAGUGACUAUGGGAUGGUAAAAGUAGUAAAAGCAGUGAUAUUAUUCAUUUUUGGUGGGGGUCUUUUAUUCUCUGUUAUUCUACCUCACUUCUACAUGAGAAUUAAUUGUUUGGAUUUUAUUUUUGCCCAGUGCCUCCUGAAAUGAUUUAAUCCUGGGACCGGCCAUGUAAUUGGCUAAAUGUUUAAAAUAGUUCACUAAAGUAAUAAAUGGCUGAAAAAAGCUGACAAAGACAAACCAAAAAAAAAAAAGUCUUGUUUUAUUUUAAAGGCAAAAUUACCCAAUUUCCUGUUUUGUUCUGUUUCCCUCUAUCCAACUUGACUGUUGGCUGCUGCUGCUUUCACACAGAUGUGCCAGCGGAUACAGGAACUAGGAUGGCACCAGUGUGGAGCCAUAAUGGAAGGGUACUGGUUAGUUGCUUGUACUGCAGGCUGCUGCCUCUGGGUGGCGCUGUGUUAAAAUGUAAUAAUAUCAAGUAGACCAAAAAGCAGUCUAAAAAAGUUAGUUGUGAAGUAAAAAAACAAAAAAAAAAGUUCUGGUAGGCACUCAUGAGCUAACGUGUUAUUUAUCAUAAUAAGAGUAUGAAAGGGCUGAAUUCCUUUUAGACAAAUGAGCUGAUUGUAGGAAUACCCAGACCAACAAUUUGUAAAACACAUCAGUCAUAUGUUAUUUACUGAAACCUGCAAUUUAUGCUACUUGAAAUGUAAGUAUUACUUCAAAAUCUUUUCCCUAAUAGAGCGUCCAGAAAAGUGAGACAUUUUGCUGAACAUAAACACAGGAGAAAGCAAACUGCGGUAUACAGCACAGACAGGAUUCUUUGGCAGGUUUUCAAUCAACAGAUUACACAAGAUAAUGCCUUAAGGUCACAAAAAAAGUCAAUUUCAAUAUCUUGCUUGGAUCUAAACACAGGGCUUUGGUAGAGUAGGCUAAUAUUGAGCCAAAAUGACAGACACUCUCAGGCAGAUACACGACUCUAUACACAUCACACACACACACACACACACACACACACACACACACGACCUGUCUGCCAAAGAACCUCUUCAGCUUGAGCAUUUCAUCUGUGAGAUAAAACAGAGCUGAAUAAGCUAGUAAGAUUGCCAACAGAGGCAAGGGAGAAGAGAAGCAGUGAGAGAGGCAGGGAGAGGGAGUGGGAGAGGGGGAGAAAGAGAAGCGGGAGGGAGAAAGGGUGAUGAUAAAACUCCACUGUGAGCCCUCCUGUAAGCUCAGUCAGAGCAAAGAAGCAACUGAGACCAGAGGGACAGGGAGUGCAAACGGAGCAAAGAAGAAAGGGACCCCGCACAACAAGUCACUCCUCUCUGACGUGAAACUCGCACGUGCCCUUGGACUUGAUGACUUGUUGGGGAGAGUUUGAAGGGAGCACCUGAGUUGUGUCAGACAGAAGCAGAAGAGCACACUGCUACCUGUGUGACGUGAGGAGUCAGUUCCUACUUUAAGGAGAAAAGAAGAAGACUGGGCAAAGAUCAGAGCUGGACCUCAUCCAUCCCCGUCUUGGGCUGCAUCCCCCCGGGUGUGUGGUGUGCGCACAGACAGAUUGAUUAGAACACCGAACUGCAUCUUUUGAGGAGAGCCCGACUGUUGUGGAUCUUGCAGCUUUUCCAGCCACCGCACAACUUUUCUGGAGACUGGAUCCACUGCUCAGUGUGAGAAACAGCAGGAGACAGCAGUGGGAAAAAGAGAAUAUUGCCAUCCAUCUCUAGCCCCCACAGCCCACCCUCAUCUUUGGACGCCCCUCCUCUCUGCCUCUUCUUUUGCCCCCUGUAACCCCCCCCUUUCUGACAACCAGAGAGUGGAUCCACUGGGAUCAUGGAUGGACUUUGUUAAAAGACCUGUUGGCAACUUCCCUGGAAAGUGUCGCAAACGCAAACGACCCCUGCCUGGCCCACCUGGUCCUCCUGGUCCUCCAGGCCCACAGGGACCUCCUGGCUCUCCUGGGGCUGAAGUGACACAAGAAGUUCUUCUCCAGGAGUUCAAAGAGAUGAUUAAAGAGGCGACAGAGAGGAGAGCAGCAGCAUUGGACAGACAAACCAGCCCCAGCCAGCUACCUACGGCUCUCCUCACCCUGGAGGGGAUGACCUCCUACCGGCGAAUAGAGGAGGCUUUCCACUGCAAGCUCAAGGGACCUGUGGUGGUCGACAAGAAGACUCUGGUGGAGCUCCAGAACUUUCAGACACCACCAGCUAAAGGAGCCUUCCUUAGAGGGUCGGGAAUGGACCAGUCUACCGGCAGAUUCACCGCUCCCAUCGCUGGGAUCUACCAGUUCUCCGCUAAUGUCCACAUUGACCACAAUGAGGUGAAGAGGAGCAAGAGUCAGCUCAAGGCCAGGGAUAAUGUUCGGGUGCUGAUCUGCAUCGAAUCGCUCUGCCACAGAUACACCUCACUGGAGAUGAUUGUUGGAUUAGAAAGUAACAGCAAGAUAUUCACAGUCAGCGUGCACGGGCUGCUGGAGCUACAGGCCGGGCAGUACACCUCCAUAUUUGUGGAUAAUGCAGCAGGCGCUUCCAUUACAAUACAGAACGGUUCAGAUUUUAUGGGCAUGCUGCUUGGUGUAUAGCCUCACACACAUGAACAGGGCAUCAUAUCCAAGCCAUCCACUGCUGCCGUUUUCUUUUCUUUUUUUUCUCAACGGACUGCUUAUGAGCACCACCAAACAGUACCAAACCACAGGGGAAGGUUUGAAGGAAGGAAGCGAGGCUGACAUUGACAUUGACUGCUUGUCAGACGGUGAAAGGACAGUGUGAAGAACUCGAGGACUGAGUUUGUUUUUCACAGUGCACUGCCACUUCCCUGAGGAACUCGGAUGCCCUGUUGCCUCACCAAUAAAAUAACCUGAAAAUAAAGCAUUGAAUAUGUCUGUUUCAGUAUAUUUUUCAUGGAUGUUGAAGACCUUUGCGGUACACCAAAUGUCAAUGUUUCUAAUGUUCUCUGGAUUGAUGUUGAAAGAGCUAAGGAACAUGGAAAAGUACAUUUAUGUGAUUAAUGUAUACUGACAUGUUUAUACUUUUGUCUAUGUACACACUCAUGAACUAUAGUUUUUUGUUAUUAUCAUGGAUUAAAUCUCACAUUUAUAUAUGUUAUAUGGUACAUAGACUGUGAGUACACUGGACAAUGGAAACAUGCUCAAUAGACAGAAUACGGCCUCACAAGAUCUUGGAAAAGUGAUGUCUCACAUUUGUGAUUACAUGUGUUAUGCAUGUAUUGUGUAUUUUUAGCCAUGCUAGUGGUGUAGGACUUUGGUUCAAACCAAAAUAUCUCAACAACUAUCUGAUUGAUUGCCAUGAAUCCUCGCACAGACAUUCAUGGUCCCAGAAUGAAUCCAAUUUGUGGUUUUGAAUGAAAUAUUGCAACACCAAAUUGUAUGGCUUCCCUCUGAAAUUUGGUUCACACACAUCCCCCCUCGUCCCCUGCAGGAAGAAUUGUUACCAAUGUUAGCAUGCUAACAUGCUAAAAUAAGAUUAUACCUGCUAAACAUCAGUAUGUCAGCAUUGUCAUUGUGAGCUUGUUAGCAUGCUGAUGCUAGCAUUUAGCUCAAAGAACCAUUGUGCCUAAGUACAACCUCAUAGAGCUGCUAGCAUAGCUGUGGGCUAUUAUGGCGUAUUGACAUUACAACAGAAAAACAAGGGUUUCGUGCUACAUGUUAAGCGUUGGUCAGCGCAGUAUUUACCACUUCAGGACUCAGAGUGGCGCUAUACUGAACAGCACCACCUUAGCCACGAUGCUAUGUUUCAGAGAAAAACAUUGUGUUUGUAAAAAACCAACAUGCCAAAAUAUCAGUUUUGUCUGGUCUCGAUACGAGGCCAAUUUGGUAUUGAUCAGGUCAGUGCAGCUCGGGUCACAGUUCAACAAAUUUGAACUUUUGGUGCACCCCCACUCAGCUCAGUGCACCAGAGACAUGUGAGCGAGCUUUAAUGAAAGACGCACGUGCAAGAGGUUUUUCGUGAUAAUGUGAAUACGCCUUUAGUCUUGUUUAAAUGUGUCAGACACAUUGAGUUACACCUUCUAGCUGUGAGAGAGCUGUAAGAGAACGAUGUUUUGGUAGCCUAAAGAUUAUUUUUACAGUCUUUUUUUGUGUUAUCAUUUAUCAUUUGUUUUGUUUUUACUGUAUUUUCUUCUUUUCUUGACAUAUAGAUGUUUGUAAUUUAUCAUAAUUGAUACACAAGUAACAUUGGAAAGCAUUGAAAUUUGAUAUGGUAUUUAUGUUUGAGGAAUUGUAUGAAUCACAUGUUGAUUUACACUCUCGUGGACUGUUGAAACCACAGAUUAUUGCAAGAAUAAAAUUAUAUCUUUUUACUAUUUUUUUAUUACCCAUACUAUGCUGUAAUUUGAAAUUAAAACUUUUUAAAAUGUU